GGCGGCGCGGCCAGCGCACCAUUCGCUCCACCUGAUCGCCGGGCGCUGUGCGCUGAGCAGGGCGCGGGCGAGCCGGAGCCGAGCAAGGAGCGAGGGAGCCGCCGCUCCGCCACCGCCGCCGCCGCCACCAUGUCCUACCAAGGCAAGAAGAACAUCCCGCGGAUCACGAGUGACCGUCUGCUCAUCAAGGGAGGCAGAAUCGUCAACGAUGACCAGUCCUUUUAUGCUGAUAUUUACAUGGAAGAUGGCUUAAUAAAGCAAAUUGGCGACAAUCUGAUUGUCCCUGGAGGAGUGAAGACCAUCGAGGCCAAUGGGAAGAUGGUGAUCCCCGGAGGCAUUGAUGUCCACACUCACUUCCAGAUGCCCUACAAGGGGAUGACCACCGUGGAUGACUUCUUCCAAGGGACAAAGGCUGCCUUAGCGGGCGGCACCACCAUGAUCAUCGACCACGUGGUGCCCGAGCCCGAGUCCAGCCUGACGGAGGCCUACGAGAAGUGGCGAGAGUGGGCCGACGGGAAGAGCUGCUGUGACUACGCCUUGCACGUGGACAUCACCCACUGGAACGACAGUGUGAAGCAGGAGGUGCAGAGCCUCAUCAAGGACAAAGGGGUUAACUCCUUCAUGGUUUACAUGGCCUAUAAGGAUCUCUAUCAAGUGUCCAACACAGAGCUCUACGAGAUCUUCACCUGUCUGGGCGAGCUGGGAGCCAUUGCUCAAGUUCACGCUGAGAACGGGGAUAUCAUCGCCCAGGAGCAAUCCCGGAUGUUGGAAAUGGGGAUAACUGGCCCAGAAGGCCAUGUACUGAGCAGACCAGAGGAGCUGGAAGCCGAGGCUGUGUUCCGUGCCAUCACCAUCGCCAGUCAGACCAACUGCCCUCUGUAUGUCACGAAGGUCAUGAGCAAGAGUGCGGCCGACCUCAUUUCACAAGCCAGGAAAAAAGGAAACGUGGUCUUUGGUGAGCCCAUCACUGCCAGCCUCGGCACAGACGGAACCCAUUACUGGAGCAAGAACUGGGCCAAGGCAGCUGCAUUUGUGACAUCCCCACCUCUGAGUCCUGACCCGACCACUCCUGACUACAUCAACUCCUUGCUGGCCAGUGGGGACCUGCAGCUCUCUGGCAGUGCCCACUGCACCUUCAGCACUGCCCAGAAAGCGAUCGGGAAGGACAACUUCACAGCCAUUCCUGAAGGCACCAAUGGGGUGGAGGAGCGGAUGUCUGUCAUCUGGGACAAGGCCGUGGCCACAGGGAAAAUGGAUGAAAACCAGUUUGUGGCCGUGACAAGCACAAAUGCUGCAAAGAUCUUCAACCUGUACCCCCGCAAGGGGAGAAUAUCUGUGGGUUCCGACAGCGACCUGGUGAUCUGGGAUCCAGAUGCCGUAAAGAUCGUCUCUGCCAAGAACCAUCAGUCGGCUGCAGAGUACAACAUCUUUGAGGGCAUGGAGCUGCGCGGGGCCCCUCUGGUGGUCAUCUGCCAGGGCAAGAUCAUGCUGGAAGACGGCAACCUGCAUGUGACCCAGGGGGCCGGGCGCUUCAUCCCCUGCAGCCCCUUCUCCGACUACGUCUACAAGCGCAUCAAAGCCCGGAGGAAGAUGGCCGACCUGCACGCGGUCCCCAGGGGCAUGUAUGAUGGGCCGGUGUUUGACCUGACCACUACGCCCAAGGGGGGCACCCCCGCGGGCUCCACCCGGGGCUCUCCCACGCGGCCGAACCCGCCUGUGAGGAACCUGCAUCAGUCGGGAUUUAGCCUGUCGGGCACCCAAGUGGAUGAAGGGGUCCGCUCGGCCAGCAAGCGCAUCGUGGCGCCCCCUGGGGGCCGUUCUAACAUCACAUCCCUGAGUUAAGCAGCCCCUCAUCCAAGAGAGGGGCAGAAGCAAGAAGCGAUUCUUUGAAGCCAAAAUGGUACACCGAUAUUUAAGAAGGAAAGCGAAUCCAAACAGUUACGAUCUAAAGAAUCAAUAAGCCUCAAGCCUUAUGUUUCUCCAAUGUUACGCUCGCUUGCCUAGCUUUACGCGUAUUGCUUUGUUUAUGCCUAGCCUUGAUUUGGUUGACCCCUCCCCCCAUUUACAUGCAUGCAAUCAGACAGGCCACUAAGGUGAAGAGUCUGCUAUAUAGUGUUGAGAGCGUGUGUAGUGCUGCAUCUUAAGACAAGGGGACAGACAAAGCUGGAUGUCAGGAAAAGGAACAGAGGAGACAGUUAUUUGGGGUGAGGGGGUGGUGAGAGCCCAGAGCAAAGUGGGGGGCUUGGAGGGCUGGGGUAGGGUGUGUGCGGGGGGAGGGGUGGGUGGGUGAACAUAAGGGGUCUUGUGUAUUGUGUUAAUGAAGUACAUUUCUUUCCAUGGAAGACGGCCCCUGGGGCCCGCGUCACUUCAUCACGGUCCCCUGGGGUCCGCGGAGCAGUCAGGCAGGCAGUCUUCUGGUUCCGGACUUUGUCACGUCCUCCCUUAGUAGAUUUUAUUUCUUUGAGCAUUUUAUUAAAAUACCAAAACCCAA